GUGACACCGAAAGAAACCGAGAUCACGGGGGACCGACGGACCGACCACCAGCCGAAGAUAGCACAGUUUGCUGCACGGAGAUCGCCGGCGAAAGCUGUCAUCGCUAGAAAUCGCGGCUCUGCUUACGUCCGUCGGUCGCUCUUCAAAGCAGUUCGGAUUGCAAGUUGCCCCGCCGUCCAUGUAUUGGUGAGCGGUCCGGCGGACUUCUUCGCUAAAUAGAAAAUGUUUCUAGCGCUCCGUUAUUCCACCGCCACUGUCGACCAUGCUUGCCUGGCCAGGCUGUCGAGGCGGCCCCUGUGCAGGCGGACGUUCAGCCGUAGCUCCACCUGUCGAUCGGAAAGUGCGGCCACGCCGGAGCCACCCAAGGGGAUCCCUUACUCCAACCUCUCCGUCGGAGUGCCCAAGGAGCUGUUCAAAAAUGAGCAACGAGUUGCCCUGACCCCCAUCGCCGUCGCAAACCUAACCAAGAAAGGAUUCACGGUCAACGUUGAGGAGCAGGCAGGGCUGGCGGCAAAGUUCAAGAACGAGGAGUAUGAGGCGAGUGGUGCACGCAUCACGGACUGCAAGAGCACCUACCAGUCGGACAUCCUGCUGAAGGUCCGGGCGCCCGUGGAGCUGGACAAGGGACACCUGCGGGAUGGCAGCACUCUCAUCAGCUUCCUGUACCCGGCCCAAAACAGGGCCCUAUUGGACGAGCUGGCCAAGAAGCGCAUGACCGUCUUCGCUAUGGAUGCCAUCCCCCGCAUCAGUAGGGCGCAGGCGUUCGACGCCCUCUCAUCCAUGGCCAACAUCGCGGGCUACAAGGCGGUCAUCGAGGCGGCCAACCACUUUGGACGUUUCUUCACGGGGCAGAUCACGGCAGCAGGCAAGGUGCCCCCUGCGAAGGUGCUGGUCAUUGGCGGCGGAGUGGCGGGUCUGGCCGCCGUGGGCUGCUGCAAGAACAUGGGAGCCAUUGUGCGGGCAUUCGACACCCGGGAGGCAGUCAGGGAGCAGGUCGAAUCUUUCGGGGCAGAGUUCCUCACAGUCAACGUCGCGGAAUCUGGAGACGGGGUCGGUGGCUAUGCCAAAGAGAUGUCCAAGGAGUUUAUUGAAGCUGAGAUGGCUCUGUUCGCCGAGCAGUGCAAAGAGGUGGACAUCAUAAUCACAACAGCACUAAUCCCAGGCAAAAAGGCUCCUCUGCUCAUAACUAAGCAAAUGGUGGAAUCUAUGAAGCCUGGCUCGGUGAUCGUAGACAUGGCGGCGGAGGCGGGGGGCAACGUUGAGACCACGAGGCCAGGAGAGCUGCACGUCCACAACGGGGUGGUGCACAUUGGGUACACCGACCUCCCCAGUCGCAUGCCCACGCAGUCGUCAACUCUGUACGCAAACAACAUUUCCAAGUUCCUCCUGGCCAUUGGGCCAAAGGGACACUACCACAUCGACCUGAAUGACGAAGUGAUUCGCGGUUCGAUCGUCUUGAAGGACGGCGAGCUCCUGUGGCCCCCUCCACCGCCAAAGGUGGUCGCGGCACCGCCUCCGCCACCCACCCCCCUUGCCGCAGAAACUAAGGCGGCAAAGAAGGAAGUCGCAGUACCCGACUACUUCAAGGCCACGCUGAAGGACUCCUUCCUCUACACCGCAGGACUCGCGGGGAUUGUCGGCCUGGGUGUGGUGUCUCCAAAUCCGGCUUUCACCACCAUGACUACCAUUUUCGGACUCUCCGGGAUCGUUGGGUACCACACGGUGUGGGGUGUGACCCCCGCCCUGCACUCUCCGCUGAUGUCCGUGACUAAUGCGGUGUCCGGCAUCACGGCCGUGGGCGGUCUCCUGCUCAUGGGCGGGGGCAUGGUACCGGGCACCGUGCCCCAGGGACUGGCAGCCACGGCCGCCUUCAUCUCCUCCAUCAACAUCUUCGGGGGCUUCCUGGUGACCCAGCGCAUGCUGGACAUGUUUCGGAGGCCCACGGACCCCAGCGAGCACAACUACCUCUACGCCAUUCCCGCCCUGGCCUUCCUGGGAGCAUAUGGCACUGCGGUGAGCAGUGGCUGCACGGACCUUGAGCAGAUGAUGUACCUGGGAUCGUCGCUGUGCUGUGUGGGGGCCCUGGCGGGACUGUCUUCGCAGAAGACCAGCCGCCUGGGCAACGCCCUGGGCAUGAUCGGGGUCUCCUCGGGCAUUGCGGCCACCCUCGGCUCCCUGGACCUGUCUCCCGAACUGGCCGUGCAGGUGGCCGCCUGCAUGGGGGGAGGUGCCGGCAUCGGGCUACUGGUGGCCAAGAAGAUAGAGAUCACGGACCUGCCUCAGUUGGUGGCGGCCUUCCACAGCCUGGUGGGCAUGGCUGCCGUGCUCACCUGCCUGGCCACCUACAUGGUGGACUACUCUACCUUCGCCACGGAUGACGCUGCCAACGUCAUCAAGGCCGCCCUUUUCCUGGGCACCUACAUCGGUGGAGUCACCUUCAGCGGUUCCCUCGUUGCCUACGGCAAGCUGCAGGGCCUGCUGAGUUCCGCUCCCCUGCUGCUGCCUGGUCGUCACGUGCUCAACAGUGGCCUCUUGGCAGCCAACGUUGGUGCCAUGGCCUACUACUUCAUGGACGACAGCAUGGCGGUUGGCCUGGGCUGCCUGGGAACCACGGCUGCACUGUCCACACUCAUGGGAUUCACGCUCACUUCUGCCAUCGGAGGUGCGGACAUGCCCGUGGUUAUCACGGUGCUCAACAGCUACUCCGGCUGGGCCCUCUGUGCUGAAGGGUUCAUGCUCAACAACAAUCUCAUGACCAUUGUGGGGGCUCUCAUUGGCUCCUCAGGAGCCAUCCUCUCCUACAUCAUGUGCAAGGCCAUGAACCGGUCUUUGCCCAACGUGAUCCUGGGAGGCUACGGCACGUCCAGCACGGGCGGCGGCAAGCCAAUGGCCAUCACCGGCACCCAUACGGAAGUGGACAUCGCCGAGACAGUGUCCAUGAUCAGGGACGCCAAGAACAUCAUUGUGACGCCCGGCUAUGGCCUGUGCGUGGCCAAGGCCCAAUACCCGCUCGCCGAGAUGAUCAAGACGCUCCAGGCCGCCGGGAAGAACGUGCGCUUUGGCAUCCAUCCUGUGGCCGGACGUAUGCCUGGCCAGCUGAAUGUCCUUCUGGCCGAGGCGGGAGUCCCCUACGACAUUGUCCUGGAGAUGGACGAGAUCAACGAUGACUUCUCCAAGACUGACCUGGUGCUCGUGAUCGGUGCCAAUGAUACCGUCAACUCUGCUGCCGAGGAAGACCCCAACUCCAUCAUUGCAGGCAUGCCUGUCCUCAAGGUGUGGAAUUCCAAGAAGGUGAUUGUGAUGAAGAGGAGUCUCGGCGUGGGCUACGCCGCAGUGGAUAACCCCGUCUUCUACAAGACAAACACAAGCAUGCUUCUAGGAGAUGCCAAGAAGACGUGCGAUGCCCUCCUACAGAAGGUGCAGGAAACCUACGCCUCCUGAUCUGAGCGUGCGCUCUGCGCCAGAUCUGCGCAUCGCGAUGGAAUUAUUUUAUUAGGUUAUUCACACGUCGUUUUUUUCAGUGACCGUGCCAAUGCGAUUUGAGGAGUGAAGUCACUGAUGGGUCUCAAUUACACUCCUCCGAUUUCCAUUUUAUGUUGGGGUUGCUUUUCAGAUGGGACAAAUAAGAAACAAUCAACGUGUACAUUAGCCAGAUUGCACUCGGUAUGAAUUUUUUUCACUGGAAUGUCCCCUUUUUUUUAAUUGGAGUAUCGUCCGCAACGCAUUUUUCAUGUCAUGCUACGUUUAUAUAAUUUUGGUUUUUGUAUGGAAUAAACUAAGAUUUCUACAAUUUUGGCAAUGACUGA